CGGAUUAUCGAUAAAGACAAGGAAAGCAAGCCACCUCGUCUCGUCGUACGCAACCGCACUACUCAGCGCUUUCCAUUUUCGCUCAUCCUCAUCCUCGCUUCCUUCCGGGCGAUCGGACCACGUUUCCCUGAUCAGCAUUUCUUUCUUGUCGAUGAGAGUCCUGCGAUGGCGGCGAAGGCCGGGAUGGUCGCGCCGCCUGCUGCGUCGAAGGCGACUGUUCAGAUCGAGGCUGGGAAGGCGGAUCCGGAUGCCCCAUCGAAAGCGACUGUCGACCUUGAGGCGGGGAAGGCGGAUCCGGCUUCGGCAGGUGAGGCUCCUUUGUACCCGAAUAUGACGGAGGACCCCCGGCUUCGUUGGAUGUUCAUCCGCAAGGUCUAUGCGAUCAUCGCCGCCCAGUUCGUCUUCACCGCCGGCGUCGCUUCCGUGAUCUCCUUCGUCCACCCCAUCCCCGAUUUCCUCCGUUCCGGCACCAUGCCCGCGUGGGGCGUCAUUAUCACCUUCAUCCUGUUGCCGCUGCUCGUGGUGUGGCCCGUGCUGCGCUUCCGGGAGCGCCACCCGAUCAACCUGGUUUUUUUGGCGAUUUACACUGUCAGCAUCAGCCUUUGCAUCGGAGUGACGUCCGUGAUUGUAGGCGGUAGAGCCAUGCUACAAUCUGUAGUUGUUACUAGUGCCAUUGUCAUCGGGCUCACAUUAUACACUUUCUGGGCGGCAAGGCAAGGCCAUGAAUUUUCCUUUCUAUUUCCAUUUCUAUUUGCCUGCCUUCCGGUGCUUCUAAUUUAUCUCAUCAUUCAGAUUUUCUUCCCUCUGCCAAGCAUCUUCUAUACAAUAUAUAGUUGCAUAGCUUCGACUAUCUUCUCAGGCUUUAUAAUCAUGGACACUGAGAGGAUGAUCAAGCGCCACACUUACAACGAAUACAUCAUUGCUGCAAUCAGCUUGUACAUGGACAUCAUUAACCUCUUCAUGUCCCUCUUGGGCUUCUCAACGCACAACUAAUCAACCAUCAACGCAUGAUUGACUUCAUGCCAGCAGAGAAUCCAGGUCCUUCCUAACUUGCUUGCUUAGACAUAUAAAGGCAAUUACAGUUUAUGAAAACAUUUACUUUUCCAA